AUGGGUCCGCCGGGAAUGAUGGGAGGUCCGGGGGGAGGAGGAGCGGAUCGGGGUCAUAACCCGCUAAACGACAUGCUCGCGGGGGCUGGGUCGGGGUUCAUUCGGUCGGGCCUGGGUGCUUAUGGCGAGCGGCUACUAGGAAGCAGUCGCGCCUACGUUCAAAACAACGUGGGCAAGUACUUGGCAUCCACGGACUUCCGCCACUACUUCCAUGUGGGCAAGUACUUCGCAUCCACUGACUUCCACUACUACUUCCAUGUCAAUGAUGCCUACGUGCGCAACAAACUCAAAAUCAUCGUCUUCCCGUUCCUACACAAGGGCCACUGGACGCGGGUGGCGGAGCAGGUGGCAGGGGGGCUGACCUACAAGCCGCCAUGCAAUGACAUCAACGCCCCGGACCUUUACAUCCCCGCCAUGGCCUUCGCCACCUAUGUCGUGCUUGCCGGACUCUCUGCUGGCCUACUGGGCAGGUUUGCGCCUGCAUUUGUGAAUGCGCGUGUUGGCAAGGGAUUAAUCGGGUGGUUUUUGGAGGUGCUGCUGCUUCGGACAAUACUCUACUCGUUGGCAUCAGGCGAUGCGCCGUUGCUCGAUCUCGUGGCGUACGCUGGCUACAUGUUUAAACUUCAAAAUCCCGUCUGCUGUCAUCUGGUUGCUGUUCCCCGGAUUUGCCAGCUCAAGCAAGGGUCGGCUUGUUCUCGACCGUUCUCUAGGCUGGCAAACAUGGCUGACGACGAGGACGAGCAGCUGCAACGGGCCUUUCGCAUGAGCUUAACGAGUCAUCCGCCAGCAGACGGCUCUCCGCGAAACCCUCAGACCAGCAGCAGCGGUAUCAAUUCCCAAUCCACCAGCGGAUUGAAUGUCAGUCCUGACCCUUGUCCGCCAUCCGCGAAGCGCAGCAAAUCCGAGGAUGAGGGAUCGGAUCCCGGACAAGCGGGAGGUGGCUAUAGCGGGGGUUCUUAUAGCGGUCGCGUGGCAUCGAGACCGGAGUCGGCGGAGGAGCGAGAGAGGCGGAUACAGCGGGAGAUUCGAGCAGCAGCCGCAGAACGAAGAAUGGCUGCUUUAGGAAAGCCCAGUGCAGAAUCGGCCAAAAUCGGAUCAACCAAUAUCGGAUCAGCCGUCGCCUCUUCGGGAGCUCCAGCUCUUGCCACGUCGAGCCGUCCUCAGAGCACUACUGUCAGGCCCGAUCCACGUGUAGAUAAGGCUCCCACGACCGCCUCUGCUCCUGCCAAUCCCAUUCCGCCACGUGUCCAUGACAUUGACAUGGCGGAUCAGGCAUGCGAUUCGCUGGCAGAGCAGACUAGCGGGAAGGCGUCAGUAGAAGGCAAGGCAGGAGACGUGAGAGUUCCAGGAACCGAAGACGCGAGUUUCGGAGGGAAAACUACAGAGGGAAGCGCAACGGAAGCUGAGGGAUCGAAAUCGAACUUGGCUGGACCUGAGGGGUCUGGCAUGGGGGGGUCUGGGAAUGCUCGUACGGCGGGUGGUGGGGAGGUUGUGGUGGGUGGAGAGGGGUGGAGGGAGGCGGAGAGGCGUUGGGAGGUUGAGCAGGGGUUGGCGGAGUUGCCAUUGGACGACGCGUUUCGGCUGUUCGACAUGGUUUUUGGGCGGUCCCCGCCUGCUGCUACCCUCUCGCAGUGGUCCCGACAGGGCUUCAGGUUUAGUGACGACCCGGCGACUUCGUUAGGGCUAGUGCAGAGGGAGGGGGGGCCGUGCGGGGUGCUGGCGCCAGUGCAGGCGCUGCUGCUCAAAUACCUCCUCUUCCCCCCCGUGCCCGCGCACCCCGCGGAUUCCUGCCCGCCUUCCGCGUCCGCCGCCCUUGCUGCCGGUGGUGCUGCUUCUGGGGGGGCGAGCGCUGGGCAGCAGGGGGGGCAGGCAGGGGAGGGGAGGAAGGCGGACGAGGGAGGAUGGGAAGAGGAUGAUAUGAGGGCACUGGUGUUGGCAAUGACAGAGUCGUUAUGGGUGCCAAGCAGAGGGCAGAGAGUUGUCAUUGCUGCCGUAUCACCACACAGGCUGGCUGCUUUGGCUACUUCAGCCUCUCAACAACCACUGACCAACCCAAUCAGCGAUGCGAAAGCACUUCAAGGAGCAGUCAGAGUGCGACACCUGGCAGGGGCGUCGCAUGCUGACGUGGCGAAGGCGCUUCACCGGCUGUUUCCAGUCUUUGAGAGCGACUUUGGCGCACUGCUGCUACUCUUCUCAGCGCUGCUCUCCAGAGGACCUGAGCGAGUUCAAGAGGACAGGGACGACCCAGAGCCACCGCUUGUCACACGCCCGUUCGGCCAUGCCUCACAGGAGAUUGUGAACCUUCUGCUGUGUGGUGAGGCAGUGGCGAACGUAUUUGAUGGUACCAUGGACUUGGGAGGAGGCAUGGCGCUUAAAGGCAUUCCCUCAGAGGCCCAGGUGGGCUUCCUCACACUCCUGGAGUCCCUCAACCUCUGCAAGGUCGGGCAGCGACUAAAACAUCCCAAGCUGCCCAUCUGGGUGGUGGGCAGCGAAUCGCACUACACCGUGCUCUUUGCGCUUUCGACUGAAGUACAGGAGGAGAAUGAUGCGGAAGCAGAGGAGUCGCGGGUCAGAGAGGUGUUUGACCGCUUUGAUACCAGCGGGGGAGGAGGGUUUGUUGCUGUGGAGUCACUUCAACCAAUGCUGGCUGAGCUGAGGGUAAAUUUCCCUCCGGAAACAAUAGACUCGCUUUCGGCGUUGGGGGUAAUUGUGUGGAACGAGCUGUGGCAGGCUCUGCUGAAGCUGGACCGAUCCCAGGGAGGGUUCAAGAGAGAGGGGUCGAGUGGGGGACGACCUGCCAGCAGGAAGUUUGACUUGUAUCACUUCAAUGGGAUUGCAAAGCGCGUGCAGACAGGAAGCAGCUCUGCAGCAGCAGCAGCAGGAGUUUCUGGGGGAAAUGGAGCAGGGGACAUGUCGUAUGGAGGUUUGGAUGUGCCACAGCGUGUGCUAUCACCGCCGUUGACUGCAAUGGAUCAACGGCCGAGAUUAGUCCGGCUCCAUGUGACCGUGCCGCCCAAAUGGUCCCCGGAGGAUCUGAUGAUGAUACCAAGGCCUGAGGGCAGUGGGGCGGAUGAUAUUCCUCCCGAGGUGGUGGCAGACUCGUUUGACUCGAGUGUGAAUCCGAUGCAGCGCGCUUCGCGUGAAGCUCCCCUCGUGGAUUGUAUCCGCACUCGGUGGCAGCGAGCGUCAUGCACAUGGGUAGGGGACGCACCAUCUAUUGUGUAG